CAAACUGCUUGUUUUUUGGCUUUAUUUAUUGCGCGAUAUUGUUUUACAUUUCCAUUGCUUUCCUUUCUUUUUAAACAGUUUUUUAAUUCAGUAGCUAAAACCACAAUCAACUUUUAUAAUUAUGUUUGGAAGCACGGCAGGCACUACUGCGUCGACGGGCGGAAAUCUGUUUGGCGGCUUUGGCGCAUCGAAUCAGCCAGCGGCCACCACUGCAGGGAGUCUGUUUGGCGCGCCAGCAGCGUCUGUGGCGCCGUCUUCUGGCCUGUUCGGCGCGCCGGCUUCUUCUGCGGCACCAGCGUCCAACUUGUUUGGCGCGCCAGCAGCGUCUGCAGCUCCGUCUUCUGGCCUGUUCGGAGCACCGGCUUCUUCUGCGGGUCCAUCUUCUGGCUUGUUUGGCUCGAGCGCAGGCCUCUCAGCAGCCGCACCAUCUUCGGCCGCGAUUCCGUUCCCAUCGCUAGGCGCGCCUGCCUUUGGGGCAGCUCCAGGCACUUUGGCGGCACCGGCUUUCGGAGCGGCGACCGUGACAGCAGCACCAGUUUUUGGAUCCACGACAUCCGCAGCGACCCACCAGGCAGCCGCGCAGAAGCCUUCAGCAGAAGGGGCCGCAAAAAUCACGCGCAAGACCAAGUUCAUCGACCUGCCGGUGGACAUCCGCAAGAUGCUCGAAGACAUUGAGCGGCAGAAGCAGGUCCAGAUCCAAAUCGGCAGCAGUAUCCUGGCCGGCGAGACCGAAAAGGAGGUCAAGGAAGUGUCGCGCACAGUGCAGCGCCUGUCGCAGGAGCUUGAGGUUGUGCGCAUGACUCUUGGCCGCGACCGCGACCGCGUCGACGAUGCCCGGGCACAAGUCAACUUUGCUGUCAAGCAUGCUGAGAAGGCGGCGUCGCUGGUCGCGCAUGCCACGGACGACGGAUCCUGGGCGCAAAGCGGACUGACACCGCUGCAGGUGGCCAAUCGCCAAAAGGCGCUGCUUGCAUUGCAGAAUGGUUCAGAGGCUCUGUCGACUCCGAUUAUGAAUAUUCGCGACUCGGCUGCUGUUGCCGCGGCUGCCGAUCAGAAGGCUUUAGGCGAUGGCUCUGCCAAUGCUGCUGCUGCUUCCGUUGACCCGUAUGAGGCUGUGAGGCGGAUCCAGUUCGCCAGCAUGCACCAUGAUGUCGCCAGCGAGUACUACUGGGCGUGGCUGUCGCGCGUCGAGGCCUCAGCGCAGCUGCUCGCUGAGCGUUUGGAUCAGCUGGAGCGACAUGUGUCUGGAGCCCUGGCACACGCUCAGGGGGGCAAUGACGACACUGGCACUACCGCUGCGCUGUUGACAGCGCAGGCAGGAGUAAAGUCAUCGCCCAAAACUGUGUCCGACGUCAUCCAAUACCAGAACGACUCGUUUUUGGCCAUUGCCAGCAGAGUGGCUGCUCUCAGCGAUGAUGUGCGUCGCAUGAGGAAGAAGUUUGGUCUCAUGGUCAGUGGCAACGUCAGCGGCAAUGGAUAUGGCGGUGACAAUGGAUAUGGCAAUGGUAGCAUGUCUUGAAGUCAGCCGCAAACUAUUUUGUUUCAUUUUAUUGUUAAUUCUUGAGUUUAUAAUAAAAUAGCGAGCGGCAAUUUUGAAUCAAAA